AUGUCUGACGGCGACGCUGGAACGGAUAGUGAAACCAGACCGAAGGGUGUUGAAGCGCUUAAACAACAUGUUAUCUCGCAUAAAGUAGAAGUAUCUCUUUGGUGUACGAGAUUGGCGACAAUUGUUUUUACGUUUGCAUACAUUCUGCCACUUUUCUGGAACCCAUCAAGUGCAUAUUAUAGAAUUUUAUUGGCAAAUGCAGCUACAAGUGCAUUGCGUCUUCACCAACGUUUGCCAGCCAUGCAAAUUUCUUUACAGUUCCUGACACAAUUAUUCAAAGAAGACAGCUGUCAUUACCUAUUGUACUCUGUGAUAUUUUUAUAUGUGUCGCCUAAUAUUCUUGUAAUCCUGCCAGUAUUUUUAUUUUCAACGGUGCACUUUGCAAGCUAUUCGUUGACUUUACUUGAUCUUCUUGGUCAGAACGCAUGGUGGGGUGCACGGCUAUUGAUAUCUUUGGUUGAGUUCCAAUCACGAAGUAUCUUGCGCCUUAUUGCCUUCUCUGAAAUCUUAGUUAUGCCACUCACAUUAAUCAUGUCAUUCUUCGGCCGCUCUGGAUUGUUGUCUAUUGUGUUCUACUAUCAUUUCCUCACAUUACGAUAUGCUUCACAGCGUAAUCCACACACAAGACUCAUGUUUUCUGACCUUCGUGUAGCAGCUGAAAAUUUUGCAAACAGAUCAGGCACACCAUCAUUUUUGCGAUCUGCUAUUUUGUCGGGUAUUGCUACCAUUAGUCGGAUGGCUCCCGCUGUGCCACAAAGUUCAUAA